CGAUAUUCUCUCUUACGUAAACAGCUAAAGAAACCUAUCUACAUAGUAAUCUCUCUCUCUUCUUAAAGAAACAAUGGCAGAAACAGCAGCAUCAUCGCCAUUGAAACGCCAAAGAGAAGAACAUGAACAAGAAACCAAGCUCCAAGAAGAUACAAAAAGACAAAAGCCUUCGUCAUCUUCUACCUCGUAUAAUCAAGUUCACUGUCUCUUAGACGAUGAGGAAGCAGAAAAUGAUUUGACUUCCCUAAUCAGCACACUUCAGCAAGAAAUCUCUAGGGACGAUACAAACGCUGCCGUUUUUGAGAACCCUGCUCUCUCUUCUUUAUCUUGCUCCUCCUCCUCGUCUUCGUGCGUUUCGAAGGAAGAAGAGUACGAAAGUGACAAGGAGAAAGUGAUGAAGCAUCUUCUUGAAGCUUCCGACGACGAACUCGGGAUACCUAGCACUGAAACUGGCGGGAGUAAUUAUGAGAUGAUUAACAAUGAGACUAAUCAGGAUUAUGUUAAUGAGUUUAGUUUAUUAGAUGGGUUUUGUGAUGGGCUUUGGGAGCUAGAGGAUGAAGCUGCUAACUAUUACACGUUAUUGCAAUCAGAACUGUUCAUGUAGAAGUUCACAAGGGUAGAAUAGGGAAACAAGAGGAUGGGUAGAAGGGGAAAUUUAAAAGACCAAAUAUGAUGAUCAAGAAAAUAUAAUUGAAUAUUUUCUUAAUGGAAGUUUAUUGUUUUUUUUUCCCAUGCGGAUUUGACAUUUUAUAUUUCUUUCUUUAAUUAGUUUAUUAAUUUCUAGUGGGGCUAAUGAUAAAGAUAGUAUUUUGUUGUUUUAUCUUUACUUUUUUGUUAAGUUAUAAAAAGACAAACCCU